AUGAGUCCCAGCAUCACACCAGAGGCAACUAAGCCUUUCCCUGCCAGGUCCACCGUGGCCCAGAGAAAACAAGCCAACGAACUGAGAAAGACUCUGAAACCUUUGCUUGAAAAGAGAAGACGUGCUCGCAUCAAUGACAGUCUUGGACAUUUGAAGAGCCUGAUUCUGCCUCUCGUCGGCAAAGACAACGCCCGCUACUCCAAGCUGGAGAAAGCUGAUAUUCUGGAGAUGACCGUCCGGUUCCUCAGAGAUCUCCCCUCCACCCCAGUCAAAAAUUCCGCAGACAGUUACAAGGAGGGCUACAAAGCCUGCCUCCAGCGCGUCUCCGCUCUGCUUCCCAAAUCGAGCCUGGACCAAGACGCCUGUCAGCGGGUGAACGACUUCAUCCAACAGUCUAUGUCUGCCACCAUCACCCCGACCUGCCUGAACUGCUGCGCCCAGAGCUCCAGGACUUUCCCUCAGAUCCAACAGAGACUCCUGAGCCUCAAGUCCAGCUUCAGCUCCAGGCUGGAGAGCCAGAGCCACAGCAGCAGCGGUGCGGCUCCCAGCCGAGCGCAGCCGGGGCCACAAGCUGCCAACACUGGCAUGUGGAGGCCCUGGUAG